GCUGGCUGCCCUGAGCCGGACUGGGACAAGCCCAAGCCCAGCUGUGAGUUCACCUCCUGGUCCAUGUGGACGGACUGUUCCGCCACCUGCGGUGGCCAGAAGCACCGGACCAGGACCAUCAAGGGCGAAGGUCUCUGCGUCCUGGGCGGCCAAGCAAGUCGUGUAG